GUGACUCGGCAUUCGGGAGCCGGGCCGCGGGCACGUCGGUCCUGCGGCCGAGGCAGCGCCGGAGCCGGAGCCACCGCGGGCGAGCUCGGGGCCGUGGGGUUAUGGUGUCCCCGGGCUGAUUGCUGGGACAGAGCGAGGCAGAGGCGGGGGCCGAGCGAGGAGCCAUGGAAGGGCCAGACCAGGAGGCCUACGAGGACACGAUGAGGAAGAACCUGGACCCCGAGGGCUACGAAGACCCCGGCAUACGCGGCUUAAACAUCUCGCCGGGGGAGAUGAGCACUUCGUCGACCGAUGUGGACCUGGAGGCGGCGGGGAGCAGGAGAUUCGGGUCCCAGCAGGGCACCCAUGAGGGCUACGUGGAGCUCCACGAGCUGGUCAUGGACAGGAACAAGGAGCUGUGCUGGAUGGAGGCCGGCCACUGGCUCAGGAUGGAGGAGGACUUCCAAGAAGCCGGUCACUGGGGCGAGCCCCAUCUCCCCUACCUGACCUACCACAGCCUGCAGGACAUCAGACAGGCUUUCGGCAAAGGUGCUGUCCUCCUCGACGUGGUGGAGACGUCGCUGGCGGGCAUCGCCCACAUGCUCGUUGACCAGCUGAUCUACGAGGGGCAGGUCAAGCCGCAGGACCAGGAGACCCUCCUGAGGACCCUGCUGCUGCAGCACAAGCACCCCAGCAAGGCCGAGUCCGUGUGGACCCUGACGCCGGGGCAGAUGCAGCGAGGGGCGGCCGGCGGGAAGGAGGCGGAGAAGCUGCUGCCGCAGGAGACCGUCAAGACGUUCACGCUGGCCCCGGGCGAGCAGCCCGGCCCCGGCGCGGCCGAGCCCCUGCUCCCCAAGCAGGUCCCCGAGGACACCGAGGCCUCGCUGGUGCUCGUGGGCUGCGCGGCCUUCCUGGAGCAGCCGACGCUGGCCUUCGUGCGCCUGAAGAACGCCGUGCCGCUGGACGCCGUCCUCGAAGCGCCGCUGCCCGCCCGCUUCCUCUUCGUGGUGCUGGGCCCCGAGAGCCCGCACGUCAGCUACCACGAGAUCGGCCGCGCCGUGGCCACCAUGAUGGCCGACCGGGUGUUUCGCCGGGACGCCUACCUGGCCCAGGACCGCCGCGAGCUGGCCCGCAGCAUGGAGGCCUUCCUGGAGGCCAGCAUCGUCCUGCCGCCCACCGAAGCGCCCAGCGAGGAGCUGCUCCGGGGGCUGGUGCCGCUGCAGCGGGAGCUGCUCCGCCGCCGCUACCAGCCCGCCAAGCUGGCGCCCGGCAAGGGUUCCCCAAAGGCCCUGGAGAUCGAGCACCCGGCGGCGGAGAGCGAUCCCCUGCGCCGGACGGGGCGGCCCUUCGGGGGGCUGGUGCAGGACAUCCGCCGCCGCUACCCCAAAUAUCUCAGCGACAUCAAGGACGCCCUGAACCCGCAGUGUCUGGCUGCCAUCAUCUUCAUCUACUUCGCCGCGCUGUCGCCUGCCAUCACCUUCGGAGGCCUGCUGAAUGACAAGACCAACGGCAUGAUGGGGGUGUCGGAGCUGCUCGUUGCCACGUGCGUGCAGUGCAUCAUCUUCAGCCUGCUCAGCGCCCAGCCCCUGCUCGUCGUCGGCUUCUCGGGGCCCCUGCUCGUCUUCGAGGAAUCCUUCUACAAGUUCUGCGAGACCCAGAGCAUGGAGUACAUCGUGGGCCGCGUCUGGAUCGGCUUCUGGCUCGUCCUGCUCGUGGUGGUGGUGGUGGCCUGCGAGGGCAGCAUCCUGGUGCGCUACCUCUCCCGCUACACCCAGGAGAUCUUCUCCUUCCUCAUCUCCCUCAUCUUCAUCUAUGAGACCUUCUACAAGCUCUUCAAGAUCUUCGAGGCUCACCCACUGCAGAGGUUCUACAACGUGACUCCCACGCUAAACCCCUUGGUUCCCCCCAGCGCGGAGCCCAACACGGCGCUGCUCUCCCUUCUGCUCAUGGCCGGCACCUUCUUCCUGGCACUCUUCCUCCGCAAGUUCAAGAACAGCGCUUUCCUGCCCGGCAAGGUCCGACGCUUGAUCGGGGACUUUGGGGUGCCCAUUUCCAUCUUCGUCAUGGCGCUGAUCGACUUCUUCAUCAAGGACACAUACACGCAGAAACUGAAGGUCCCCAAAGGCCUUGAGGUCACCAACUCAUCUGCCCGCAACUGGUUCAUCAACCCCAUGGGCAACCAUAAGGCCUUUCCCAUAUGGAUGAUGUUCGCCUCGGUGGUGCCAGCCUUCUUGGUCUUCAUCCUCAUCUUCCUUGAGACGCAGAUCACGACCCUCCUCAUUAGCAAGCCUGAGCGGAAGCUGGUGAAGGGCUCAGGCUUCCAUCUGGACCUACUGCUCAUCGUGGGUAUGGGCGGCAUAGCGGCGCUCUUCGGCGUGCCCUGGCUUAGCGCCACCACUGUCCGCACCAUCACCCACGCCAACGCCCUCACCGUCAUGAGCAAGACCUCUUCUGGCGACAAGUCUCAGAUCGUGGAGGUCAAGGAGCAGCGCAUCAGCGGCUUGCUGGUGGCCGUGCUCAUCGGUGUCUCCAUCCUCCUGGAGCCCAUCCUGAAGUACAUUCCAUUGGCUGUGCUCUUCGGCAUCUUCCUCUACAUGGGUGUGACCUCCCUCUUUGGCAUCCAGCUUUUUGACCGCAUCCUGCUCUUGCUGAUGCCACCCAAGUAUCACCCCAAAGAGCCCUAUGUCAUUGGGGUGAAGACCUGGCGCAUGCACCUCUUCACCUUCACCCAGAUCGUCAGCCUCGCGGUGCUGUGGACGGUGAAGUCCACGGCGGCCUCGCUAGCCUUGCCCUUCGUCCUCAUCCUCACCGUGCCGCUCCGGCACUUCCUGCUGCCCACGAUCUUCCGGACCUUCGAGCUCCAAUGCCUGGACGCGGACAACCCCGCCGUCGCCUUGGACGAGGUGGAGGGCAAGGACGUGUACGACGAGGUGCAGAUGCCCAGCUAAGGGCGCCGGCGGGCGAGCGGCGACAGCCGGGACCCCCCACGCGCGCGCCCCGGCCCCGCGCCGCCCUCCCGCGCUCCCCCCGGCCGGGCGCAACCCGCCCCGGUCUCCCCGCUCGGCCCCGCUUCGCCGGACGAACUUUCGGUGCUAACGAGCCCGAAGGGCUCAGCUCGGACGGGACCCUUCGCCCGAAGGACCCCGGGCCGGGUUUUUUUAAUUUUUUUUCUUUCUUUUUUUGCCUCUUUCUUUGCUGCUCGCUUUGACUCAGGGUUACGGACGCUUCGCUGCGGCGCCCGCUGCUGCUGCUGCUGCUUGGGUUGGCUUUUCGGGUGCCCCCCCCCCCAAAAAAAACCCUCAGGGCCUUUUCCCGCGUUUGCAUUAACUUAUCGGUGUCGUCCCCGGGAAGGGAUGUAAAUAGUCCGACAGUGGGGGGGCUUAUGUAUUUGCAAUUAGGAAAAUAGUACACACACCCCCCCAAAACAAAAAAAGAAAAAAAAAAAGAUGCUGGUGGGUGCUUCUGCCGUGAGGGUUUGGUAAAAAAGCAAAACCAAAACAAAAAGCAAAAAAAAAAAAAAAAAAAAAAAGUGCCUAAAAAGCGCCGGCUGCAAGGAGUGAUCUGUAUAUUUGAUGCUCGUGAGUGGGGGAGUUUGUAAUUUAUUUCCGAAGGCUGCGGGCGCCUCUGCCCGCGAAGGCGCCGGGGCCGCGUGUGUGCGUGUGUAUAUACCGGGGAUUUCCCGUCUGCUCAGGGCCUGCGCUCUGCGCACCAGCGUGGCAGCGUCGUUGCUGAGCUCCUAUUAGUCUUAAUGAAUUAGUGGUAGUGUCAAUCCUCCUUUUUUUUUUUUUUUUUUAAGCGUUUCAGUUAAAUCCGUGUAGUUUUCCCUGGACAGUUCCCUGCCGCGUUGCGAGGCGACUGCCCACGGCCGCUUUUUUGAGCCCAUCUUGCCCCGUUGCCACCACGAUCGCUCCCGAAACCGGCCCGCUCCUCUUUGCAAAGCUGGAGAGGAAAAUGCCCGGAGCCGGGAGGGGAGAGCCGGGGGCAGCCGUCGCCGCGGUCGUCUCGCCGCGGUUCUGCCAGCGUGGCCCAAGCCGCCUCUCCCCAGGAGUGCCUUGUGUUCGGGUUGGUUUAGUUUUAGCAAUUAUGGGUCCAAAAUAGGCAAUAAUCUUGUGUGCUUGGAUUUUUAUUUCCCCCUUCCCUUCCCAAUCCACCUCUGUAUCACGCUUUAAUAAAGAAAUGAAUUUUAAAGAAUUCCAAAAA